GCCUCCGCUUGCUUUUUAUUCUACUUUAUUCUCUCUUGCGUGUGUGUGUGUUGUCGCUAUUUUUUUUUGGCUGCCUUUAUGCCAUGACUUUGGUCUGGAGCCAGACUGAGGCCUCCAUGGAGCCCCACCACUGUUUGCUUUCUUUUACAAUCCAUUUCCAACCACAGGAGGCAGAAAUAAUGAGUUGUGCACCAGAGGCGUGAGUCAAAGACAAGAGACACAAAGACAAGGACAAGGGGACAUAUUGUUUCUCUCAGAGGAAACAGGUCACUUUCCUGACUUCACCACUGCUGCUGUCUAUGAGCUGCUCCGGGGCAGAGGAGUGGACUUUUCAACAAUCUUGACACUCAGAAAAACACUGUUGAAGCUCCACAAUCAUCAUCAGCAGCAGUUGACAUCAUGACCUCGCCUUCCCUCCCUAUGCCACCUCUCCCCCCGAGCCCUCUGGCCAUGGAGUACCUGAAUGACUUUGACCUCCUCAAGUUUGAGGUGAAAUCAGACACUCCUCCACUCCCUCCACCGUGUUCAUAUCCCAAAUCCAGCCUCACCCACGACCCCUCCAGCUCUCCGUACACCGGCCACCCUCCACAGGACUCCAGCUUGAGUUCCAGCCCGUACAACUCUCUGCCACCCUCACCAACGCUCAGCGACACUCACCCACCACCUUCGGGCUCUUCUUCAUCAUCCUCCUCCAUCUCCUUCCCCCUCUCCAUCUCAAACAGCUUCACCUCUGGCAUCAGCUCUGGCUCUCAGGGGAACGUGGAAGGCAGCCCGGGUCAUGGCGGUGCUCAGGGUCCCACUCCGGCUUCGUUGGAGGACCUGAUUUGGCUGGCAGCCUUACAGCAACAGUUUGGAGGGGAGGUGACAGGGCCUGCCACUCUGCUGGGAGCCUUAGGAGGAGUACCAGAGAGAGGUGACAGGGAGAGGGGGCCCGGGAAUGGCUUUCUGGGCUGUGAAGAUGCUGUGGAGGCCUUACUGAACUCAGCUGCUGCAGCUGUCAGCUCACAGUUUCCAGGUCUUUCCCAGAGUUCAAGCUGCAGCCUGGGAGACUCUGGUAGUGACAGCGGAGGCGACAUCUCCUGCGCCAAGGGGACAGACAUGAGUCAUCGUCCGCUUGUCUUCCUCUCAUCGGUCCCUGCCUCACUCCCCAACACCGCCCAUGCCUCAGGUCCCUACCAACAGCCCCUCAGUCCCCAGGGCCGCCUUCAUCACCACCAGCAUCACCAUCAUCUGCACCAUCCACACCUCCCCAUGCAUGCAAACCAUCAACCUCAUCACCACCCACAAGUUAAUCAGCAGUCUGGAGCGAAUGACCGCUUCUCUGACGAGCAGCUGGUGAACCUGUCAGUGCGAGAGCUCAACCGACACCUGCGCGGAGUGAGUAAGGAUGAGGUGGUGCGCUUGAAGCAGAAACGCCGCACACUAAAGAACCGUGGCUAUGCCCAGUCCUGCCGCUACAAGCGUUUACAGCACCGCCACGCCCUGGAGUCAGAGAAACAUGUGCUCACGCAACAGCUGGAGCAGCUUCAGUGUGAGCUGACCCGAGUGCUGAGGGAGAGGGACGCCUAUAAGGCUCGCUAUGAGAAGCUUCUCAGCACCAACCGCAGCAACGGUGGCGAUGCCCCAAAAACCUGCACCAGCAACAACCCACCUUCCCCACCCCCUGACUACUUUCUCUGAGUUUCACCCACUGGAGGAAAUGAGAUGAAGACAAACCCAGCCAAUAUGGAGCGAUCAGUGAGGAGUAAUCAGGCUUAGGAAACAAAGAUGCGUGUGUGUACGUGAGGUGCGUGACCGUGUGUUUGUGUGUGUGCAAGAGGGAAAGUGGGAGAGAGACGCUGGCGGGCAGUUUUGGGGUUACACAGCUGUGAAGUUCACCCCUGAGUGAAUAGUUAUUACAGGGAAUUAGCAUUAGACUCGGCUGCCUCAUGAAGUAGGUUUUACUCGACUGUGAAUAGUUGCUCAAAGACUGGCUGAGAGCUCUUUGAGAACUUAGCUGGAUAUUAGUGCAACCAUGGACAAAUAUGAAAAUGGAAUUUGAAAAAGCUUUAAAAGUCUUUGACACUGCUGAACAUUUCAUCUCUGCAAUAUAAUGUAGCUGCAAUGUACUUCCAAAAUGAGUGUUUGAGGCUCAUAUUGUAGUUUUUUUUUAUGAUAAGCUGCUAAAGCUGCAGAUGUGAGUAGUGCAGUGGUGCUGGAUGUGGAGUGAUAUGGGCUUGGAUAAUUCACAGUUGCCUACCAAAGUGUUUGAGCUCACCGGGACUUGUUAUUCUUUGUAAAGAUGAAUAAUCAUAGAUUUAAGAAUGUACUCAGAUAUCUUUCAUGGGACUCUUCCAGUGACUGUGCUAAAAGAGUAGGGUUUUUUUUAGCAAGGAAAUUGUGACUUUUAGCCAUGAACAGAGAAGACUUGUUGUUUGCUCUGGAUAAUUGUUUUGUUUUUUUUCAUAUCCAAAGAAGUGAAGCUGGUGGUGAAAGCAUCAAAGAAACCCAUCACAACGCGCAAACACAAAGAAAUGAAGUGUGGCAUGAUUUGUGUGAUUGCGUCCAGUUCUCCAGAUUAUACAGACGUUCCCUCUGGGCAGAUUGAACUCUUCUUGGACGGUGACGUUCACCAUUUUAAUGCAACAUGUCGCUCCACAGAGCCGGCCACUGUGGAAUCUGUGGGCUACUCCACAUGCAACACAGAAUCAACUAUGCAAGGAGUAAAAGGCAAAAAACGUUCUUAACUUUGCCAUGGAAUCACUGGGUUCAUGCAUUAAUUAGAACUAUUUAUUUUGGGUGUAGUUUAUAUAAAUCGUUCUUUUAUUUAUUCACUUAUUUAUUCAGUAUUUAUUGUUUAUUUAUGUGUUGAUUCUAAUUAUUUGACUGGGUUUAUUUUAUUAGUGUGUAUUUUUACUUUCUGACAGUUCAUUAUUAUUUCAUCCUAUUGUCAUUAGAAUGGCCUUAUUACCAAAACAAAAGAAGACAAAAAAAAUAGGGCCAUUCUUGUGGUAUCCUGCUCCUGUUGUAGUGUGGUUUCAUAAGCAUAUGAAAUAAACAAAGUGCUUUAUCAAA